CUUCUGCGGCCUCCAUUCCGAAUUUGACAGCGAUAUGGUAAUUUAUGGAAGUUCGGCAAACAGCAAAGAGCACUCACUGCUGAAUACGGAAGCAUUGCCCGAAACACAAAUGCCGGAUGAUACACAUACCCCAUUGUAUGUUCAAAACAAAGAUGUAUUGGGUGUUCAAAACACGACGUUAGAGGAGGUCCAAAUUGUGAAUAUCACAGCGAAGCCGUCAUCGACCAUAUUGACUCCCAGCUGUAACUUCUCCAGUCCUUUAAUCGUCUCCACCAGCUCGCCGUUGCCCAAGGAAGCAUCGGCAGUAGAACCGCGACAAUAUUUUGCAACAGUUGCACAACAGCGGCAAGCACGGAAACGCAGAUUCCGUGACCCAAAUAAUGCCGAAAAUGAAAUGCGCCAGCAGCUUAUAAAUCUUGAAUUAACGCAGUCACGCGAACUCCACGCAACAAACAUGCGCCAUGCCAUCGAGUUACAUACUGCUAAUAUGGAAGCGGUUAUGCUACAAAAAACUGCUCAGAAGCAAGUAAUGCAAUACUUCGCUAAGCGGGAACAAGAAGCGCAGGAGCGUCACAACCUAUACUUAAAGACGCACAAACCGAUGAAUGCACAAGAAUCUGAAAAAAUCGUCCAGGAGGAGCUUGAAGUUUCGAGCUUUUAUGACGACAUAAAACAUUCAGUAUAGUUUCGCGCAACAGUGUGUUA